CAAGUAUAGUAUAAAAAUACCUGAUUUUGAAUAAUCAUUUCAUCUAUACUUUGUGAAAUUAUAGAUUAUUUUCUAUUCAUCUCUACCAAGUGGUGCUUUUUUUACAUUACUGAUUCUCAUGAAAGGAGAUUUCCUCAAGAAGGAAGAGAAAAGCGAUAAUUAAUUUUUUAUUUUACGCAGUGUGAAAAUCAAAUAAAAAUUUCGUUUGCACGUUUUAUCAAGCAUACCAGUUUGGUACAUAAUCGGUUGCUUCACCACAUUGAUUCAAUUAGCUCAAGAAUUCUAAUAUAAAUUUUUCAAGAUAUCAAAUUCAAAGUGAAUAAAGUUUAGGAAGCACAACAUAAAAUCUUAACGUAUGCCUAAACCCCGCCCAUAUAGGAGCAUACGUCCUCCACUCUGAUUGGCGCAACUACUCUCUUAUAAAGCAGUUACUCGCGCUGCCGAAAUCAUCACAGUCAAUACAGUCGCUUGUAUUGGUUUUUAAAGUGUUCGUACGAAUUAUAACUUGUUCAUCAUGUCUGGUCGUGGUAAAGGUGGAAAAGUUAAGGGAAAGGCAAAGUCCCGUUCUAACCGUGCUGGAUUACAGUUUCCAGUAGGUCGUAUCCAUCGUUUAUUACGUAAGGGAAAUUACGCAGAACGUGUUGGCGCCGGAGCACCCGUAUAUCUUGCUGCUGUCAUGGAAUAUCUGGCCGCUGAAGUUUUGGAAUUGGCCGGCAAUGCCGCACGUGACAAUAAGAAGACCAGAAUCAUCCCCCGUCAUCUCCAAUUGGCCAUCAGAAAUGACGAAGAAUUGAAUAAAUUGCUUUCUGGAGUAACAAUCGCUCAAGGUGGUGUUCUACCAAACAUCCAAGCUGUCCUCUUACCCAAGAAGACCGAGAAGAAGACGUAAAUUACGUUUCAAACAUAAACAAAAGGUCCUUCUCAGGGCCACCA